GAAAAACAGAUUCAGAAAAGUUCUUAUUAUAGAAGUACUUCUCAAAGGCAGAAAUUGGCUAGACGAGAACACUUAUUACAGAGUUCUCAUACAUGUGGAUCCCUCAAGAUGGCAAAUGAAAAAUGAGCUCUAAACUCAGAAAUUGAACAUGAAAUGAAUCCUCCAUUAGUAAGAGAAUUUUUAUUAUUUUUAGAACAAUUUCACAGCCAAUUCUAGUGUCAAAAGUAUGAUUCUACCUUAUAUUUGUAGCAGAAAGAGAUGAAUAUUAUGCAUAUCCAUCUGAUGGAAAGAAAAAUGAAGAUUUCCUUACAAAGAUUCACGAAGAGUUUAACAACAAGAAAGUGGCUCUCCAAAAUGAAAUUAACCCCAGAGUAGUGAAGUCUGCAUUCAGCAAAUUCAGAAAAUCUAUUAAUAAAGCAGGUGCAGAGAAAAGAAAACUCUCUAGUGAGGAUACACUCAAAAACAACUCAUCUAUGAAGAGGACAGUCUCUAUUGAGCUUCCUUAUGAGAUAGAUUUGAGUCACAAAAAUGCCUUCCACCCAAUGGACCAGCUUAAAUCAAAUACAAAUUGUAUUUUCAAAAAUAAAGCGAUUCUGCAAAGUAGGAUAACUAAUUUUCCGAUUAAGACUAAAUCCCCUAAAAAUGUUAAGAAAUUGGACAUGAAGGAAAUCGUCAAGACCACAGAAUUCAAAUUUGAAAUUGACAAAUCUAAAAAGAAAAGAUAUGUAAACAGGCCUUAUUCAGGCAAACCAAGAAAACAGAAUAACUCUGAUAAAGAGAAGAAUAGGCGAAGUCAGGACAAUCUUCUAAAGGCAACUAAAAAGAGAGCGAAAAAUCAAGCUUUUAAUGGAUCUUCCAAAGAAAUAAAACUAUCAUAUUCAAACCAAGACAAUGCUAAUCGUUAUCCUCAAGAGGAAAGACAAAAGAACUGUGAUAUUUCUAGUGAGAAAUCAAGCAUGCAAGAUCAGAGCUCAAGAACUUACAAAAGUUCCUCAAUGUCGUCAGUACAAGACUACAAAAGAUGCUCGACUCAUUGAGUUGUAUCUCCCCUUAAAUUAGAUGGAGCCGCUCCGAAGAAGACUAUUCAAAUCCGGAUGGAAUUUUAAUUCUCAUAUAUUUCAUCAAUAA